AUGGCUACCCGCAAUGCUCUUAUCAUUGGUUCAAACAGGGGCCUCGGGCUCGGGCUGCUGAAAGUCUUCAAGGAACACGGCUACAACGUCUUUGGCACCAUCCGGCCACAGACACGAUCCGACCCCUCUUUCAAAGACCUUGAAGCUACAGGGGCCACCGUCAUCGACCUCGACUACCUUGACGAGGACAGCAUUGCCGCCGCCGCCCAAUGCUACGGCCACGACCGGCCGCUCGAUGUUUUGAUAAACUGCGGCGGCAUCGAGAUGCCCCCCGAGAGCUGGUUGGAAACCACUGCCGAUGAAUUGGUCUACAAGUAUCGCGUCAUGACCGUGGGGCCUUUUCUCGCGAGCAAGUACUUUCUCUCCAGCCUGCGAAAAAGCGAAUUCGGCAAAAUCGUCAACAUAACCUCCGAGUGGGCGUCCAUCGCAGCAAACGACUGCGGAACACACAUCAGCUACCGGGUACCGAAAUCUGCGCUCAACGCACUCAGCAUCUCGGUUGCGAUUGAGCUGCGCGCUGCAGAGGAAAAUAUCGCUGUGCUUUGCGUCGAUCCCGGCGAUGUCCCGACCAAGCUCAGCCGAUGGGCGGGGGACAUUGAUCUGAAUGAUUCUGUGCGCGGCAUGUACGAGCAGAUUGACAAGGCGACGAUUGAGGACACUGGUCUCUUUGUGAACUGGAGAGGCCACAAGUGGCCCUACUAA